GGAGAAGGUCUUGGAGUAGAGGGACAUGGUAUAACAAAACCAAUUGAAACAAAGUUGCGACCUCAGAAAAUGGGAUUGGCAUAUCGUGGUUUCGAUGAAAAGACAGAUCAAGUAAAAAAGCAAAGGCAAGAAAUCGAUAUUCACGAAGAAGAUCUCAUCAAACAAGUGCCAAAAAUAAAGAAGAAUGCAUGGAAAAAAUCUACGAAAUCAAAGAAAAUAAACAUUGAAUAUAAGACGGCAGAUGAAAUAAUGAACGAGGCCACAUCGACAACUUCUGUACGGCCUAUGAAAAUUAUAGAUAUGACAGGUCCACAGACUCGUGAAUUAUCAUCUGCGAGUCAGAUAACCUCUCUUACUAUCCCAGAUUCAUCUACGCGUCUUCCGGAACUUCGUCAUAACCUUCGACUAAUUGUAGACAUGUCAAAGGCGGAUCUUGAACAUUUCACUAGAGAGAGAAGGAUACAAAAUGAACGGACCAAGGCCCUUGAAAGAGAUGUAGACAGGGUAACUGCUUUAAUAGAGGAUGAAGCAGCACGUAUAAAUCGGCUUAAUGAUAUCAUGUCUAUUGUCAAAGAAUGCAAUAGACUACUUACGUUAACUAUAUCUAGCAAUUCCCCUUC